AUGUCAAACACCCCUGUUACCGAAAUCAUCACGCUCACCAGCAAUGAUGCGAUGAAGACGACUUCCAACUUCCAGGAUGCCGUUGGGCUCUUGCGCCAGUCCAAUUCUGAAGGCCUCCAACAAAUGUACUGGGGCGAUCGCGUCCAGCAGCCUGGAAUCAGGCAGUGGUUCAUCAAUUGGGACCAUCGUCCUCAGAAGUCAGAGUCGACGGCCGCAACAGCUGCGCAGAUCAAAGAAAAGCUCGCCGCAGUUGUCGACUCCCCGCCGACGCGCAGGCUUGUCGCUUUCAACCCCUUCCCACCUACCAAUUGCUUUGUCGCGCCGUUCACAGAAGUCAUCAUCAGCACUGUAAAGCCUGAAACCGACCUGAAUGAGUUCAACAAGAUUGUUGACGAAUCGUUGGAUGUGUGUCAUGGCUUUGAGGGAUGCUACGGAACUGCGUGGGGAUACGUCGUUAAUGCAGAAGGCGCAAAUGAAGUAGUGUUGUUGUUAGGAUGGGAGAGUCCAGAGCAUCAUGUUGCGUUCAUGAAGACGGAACCUGCCAGGGUAACAACAGCUCCUUACGUUGAGGGAGUGGAGACGUCAACUGUCUUCUAUGUUCAGACGCAAGAUGCAUCAAAGUGA